GCCACCAAGUUCAAAUGUGGCUCACGUGGCUCUUCAUCAUUGGAUAUCUCGUCAUACCCCACUACAUGACCAAAAACCACAACUCCACCCCUAAAAAAAAAAAAACAAUACUGAUUAGAUCUGCCCUUUUCCGCAAACAGGAACUGGUUAGGAUUGGAGUAAAGAGAGAGGGAUUUAUCCACCAUGGCUACGGAGAAUAGUACCAAUGCGGCGUCCACUUCGAGAUCGAAUUCGACCGCCGAUUCCUACAUAGGCAGCUUGAUAAGCUUGACUUCCAAGAGUGAGAUCAGAUACGAGGGCGUUCUCUACAAUAUCAACACCGAAGAGUCCAGUAUCGGGUUGAAAAACGUGCGGUCAUUUGGAACAGAAGGACGGAAAAAAGAUGGUCCGCAAAUCCCACCCAGUGACAAAGUUUAUGAAUACAUAUUGUUCCGUGGAAGUGACAUAAAGGACUUACAGGUCAAGUCUUCUCCCCCUGUUCAGCCUACACCACCUAUAAACAACGAUCCAGCAAUUAUACAGUCUCACUAUCCUCAUCCAGUUUCUACCCCUGCGAGCUUGCCACCCGCUGUUAGUGGGUCUUUGAGUGAUAUUGGAUCCCAUAAUGCUCAAAUGGGACUACCUGGGUCUAAUUUCCAAGGUGGGCUGCCUUUGUAUCAACCUGGAGGGAAUUUAGGAACAUGGGGAGCUUCACCUCCUCCCCCAAAUGCAAAUGGGAGUGGGCUUGCUAUGCCAAUGUAUUGGCAAGGUUACUAUGGUCCUCCAAAUGGGCUUCCUCAUUUACACCAACAAUCGUUGCUUCGACCGCCACCUGGGCUGUCAAUGCCUCCUUCCAUGCAGCAGCCAAUGCAGUAUCCAAAUUAUAAUGCCCCUUUACCCGCUGGAGCCUCAAACUUGCCAGUUUCAAACUUACCGACUUCAAACUUGCCAGUUUCAAACUUACCAGCUUCAUUGCCAGAUAUUCAAUCUCCUUUGCUUUCUGCUGGUACUAGCUCCCUUAAUUUAGUAUCCUCUUCUUCAGCAUCAUCUACCUUGCCUUCAACUUUACAUUCGGUGCCCUCUGCUACAUUAGCUUCAGAAACAUUACCAAGUUUGAUUCCUACUAAGGCUCCUAGUUCUGCACUUCCGGCAGCAAAUUUAAAUGCCAGCUUACCAGCACUCUCUCCUUUGACUUCUUCAGGCUCAGAAUUAAAUACCAUUGUACCACCAAUCUCUAACAAGCCUAAUUCAAUUUCUGGUCCAACAAUGCCUUAUCAAAGCACUGUACAAUCUACAUCUUUGGUUGUGGCCUCUAAUUCUCUUCGAACAGAAACACCCACACAUCCAUUGGUAACCCCAGGUCAGUUGUUGCAGUCUGCACCCGCUACAGUCCCUUCAUCACAACCUGUGCAAACUGCUCAUAAAGAUGUGGAGGUUGUUCAGGUAUCAUCAACAGAGCCAUCAGUGCCUGUUGUUAUGGAAGCUCAGCCACCAAUACUCCCAUUACCUGUUCCAGCACGGGCAAUUAAUAAGCCAAAUGGAGCUCCGUACCAUUCUCGUCAUGGUUAUAGGGGGCGUGAAGGAGGAAGAGGAACUGGGAGUUCACAUCCUGUGACAAAAUUUACUGAGGAUUUUGAUUUUAUGGCAAUGAAUGAAAAAUUCAAGAAGGAUGAAGUAUGGGGUCAUCUUGGUAAGAGUAACAAAUCUCAUUCGAAGGACAGAGAAUAUGGAAAAGACAGCGAUGAAGAAGAUUCUCAAUAUGAAGAUGAUGAUGAAUUAACCAAUAUUGAAGUCAAGCCUGUUUAUAACAAAGAUGACUUUUUUGAUACACUCUCCUGCAAUGCACUUGAUUAUGAUUCUCAGAAUGGAAGGACUAAAUUCUCUGAGCAACUGAAGAUAGACACAGAGACUUUUGGCAACUUUUCAAGGUAUCGGGGAGGUAGGGGUGGCCGUGGGUUUCCACGUGGUGGUCGUUCUCGUGGAUCUUAUGGAAGGGGGUACAGCUAUGGCUACAGCUAUGGUGGGAGGGGCCGCGGCCGGGCCAUGCCUAAUCAUCAAUCAUAGGCUGUGCUUUUAUUUUGAAAUGUUAGUACGGUAAGAGCCCAGUGGCCCCGAACCAACAAACUAAUAUAGGGCUAUGCUUGCAGUAUGUUUUCCUGAUUGUCUAGAGAAUAAAGUGUAGGAUGUGAUCCGUGUUUUUCAUUUAGUCCAUUCGCAUUCCCUGUUGUUUAACAGUCCUUGUGGAGCUAAUGAAGAAGAAUUAUAUUUCAAUUGAAGAAUUACUUGUUUACCAUUCA